AAUGUGAGGGUUGUCACAAGUUAACACAGGCACAAAGUCAUAAUUAUGGCUAAACCCCACCCAUUUCUACCAUUUGCCUUCUUAAAAUGUGAUUGUAAACCCUAACCACACUGCUAACCUUAUGUCUUUGUAGUUAAUUUGGCUUUGCGGCUGUGUUAACAGUUAACAAGUGAUGACCCUAUGUGGGAGUUGCCUCUCUCUUUGAUGACAUCAUUGUAUUUUAAAAGAUUAGUCAUCUGUUAACAGCAAGCUGCCAAGUGAGAUCCCUUCCUCCCACGCACUUCCCCCUCUAAAAGAACCAAAACACACUGUAGCCUCAUAGUCUCAUCAUUCCGAUAGUUCAUUCACGUUGAAUGAAACAGCACCCAAAGAGAAACAAAAAUGUGUUCAGAACAUGAGUGCGGAAUUUGUUACAGAAGCUACAACACGGAUCGUCGGUGUCCUCGUGAGUUACAGUGUAAGCACAGCUUUUGUGAGAGCUGUAUCGUGACUCUUUCUCGACCCUCGGUAUGUGAAGUGGAAUCCAGGAAGGACUGUUCGCUGCAGGACAAGACAAUUGUUUGCCCACUGUGCCGGUACACAACGUCGGUCUCGGGUAAAGUGAGGGCAGCGCUUCGGGUAGACGAAGGUAUUCUUGAGCGCAUGGUGUUAUCUGGCGUGCUAAGCAUGACAGACGACGAGGAGGAUAGUGAAGAUGAGGAGAAUGAUGAGACUUCUCAUGAGAACUCAGCCGAGGAAAGGGACUCUUCUUCGGGUUCCAUAGUUGGAAGGUUCCGCCGUUCGCUGAGGCGCGUCUGGGGCAAAUUAACUCGGAAUCAUGACCAAGGGAGAGCGGAUUGUAUGACCGAUGAAGACCUACGAGACCUUGCCAUGAUGUCAUGCUACAUCAUUUGAUGAGGACUUCGUUGGAAAAAAGUAAUCAGCUGCUGCUGCACCUGAUUGAUCAGAGAGAGGGCGUUGCUGUCCACGAGCCUACGCUACAGUAUUUAGAAUGUAGAAGACUGGCAGGUCCAGUUUGAAGUUGGAGCAAGCAGGAAUAUAGCCUCUUCACACUGGGAGACCUGUACACGUUGAUCUCCCGUUGCUGAAUUCGACAUCCCUUACUCCGAAUAAGAUAUUUACCAGCCCUCUGGUUUAUUUACGAGAAACUUUACCCGUCUCUGAAGGUAAUUCUAUAAUCCUGUUUACCAGUCGGUACGGGCUAUACAAUGUGUGAACUAUGGUAAAAAUGGUUUAAAUAUACAUUUUCUGAAGCUCACUCCCUAGUCCCCAUACAGCCUACUAGUUUUCCACGUGAUUUUACCAUGUGGUCCUAGAUGGCAGCACACCAUUAGGAAAAUAGGAUGUGAAUUUGGUUAAUUUGAGGAAAGUUGGAUGUAACUGUUUUUUUUCUCCACACAUUGUAAAAAUACAUUUGGUCAAUUUCUGGAAAGUUGGAUAUAAAAGUUGUUUUUUUCUCCACAUAUUGUAAAAAGAAACACUCAUUGUAAGAAUAAACUAGCAGGAAUAUAACGUUGUUUACACAGGCAGCCCAAUUCUGAGCUUUUUUUUUAACUAAUUGGUCUUUUAACCAAUCUCAUCAGAUCUUUUCCAGAGCUGAUCUGAUUAGUCAAAAGACCAGUUAUUGGGGAAACAAAAUAUCAAAAUUGGGCUGCCUGUGUAAAUGCAGCCUAUGUAUUCUAUAAUAGCCAACUAGGCCUAAAUGUCGAUUUCUUCUCACUUGCAUGUCAUAAUUUGGUGGUGACCAAACAUAAACACAAUGGUAAAACAGAAUUGUAAAGGCUGAAAAUGACAAGACCAUAUAUGCUUUUCUCUGAAGCCAUUAGGCUACCGAAUGAAACGUUUUUGUAUGAAAUUGUCUUUGGUACUUUGAAGUAGCCUAUUUUAUUUAACUAGGCAAGUCAGUUAAGAACAAAUUCUUAUUUACAAUGAUGGUCUACCCCGGCCAAACCCUAUGACUUUCCAUUUCCAAAGAUUAGAAUAAGUAUUUAAUAUUGUUGGUGCUAAGUUCACAAGCACAAACUUAAUAUAAUUCAAUAUGUAAUUCAGUGUAUUUAUUUCAUUCACUUUCAUUGAUUGUGCACCUUUUGUAGGCCUAUGUUUUGUUGUAAUAAAAGCAUAUAGGCAAACCAA